AUGGAAUCAGACCCAGCAGUAACUAGUACUGUUUGUGAAGGCAAUGUAUUACACACAGAAAACAAGCUGAACGUUCCUGCUGAUAGUAUCAAUGCAGUCAAAAUGUCUAAUAUAGUUGGAGAUGAGAGUCUUAUCACUCAAAAAGCAUCAUGGAAUGCUUUGAAUGAUGUAGAGACGGCUUCUAGUGUUGGUGAGACGUCAAGGCGAAACAGCAAAUACGACGAUAAUAUGCCCGUUCAUUCUGCCUACUCUGAGUUCGAAAUUCCAGAAAUGGAGUUUGAUGAAUUUGAGUUGGAAUUAGCUGCACAGAAAGAGUUCUCAUCUGAUGAACAGUUGUUCGAAUCUGGUCGUAUGACACCAGAUGGAUUAAUCGACGAAGACUUUGAACGUGAACUUGGAUGCGCAGCUAAGGAGCUCAGUGUUCAAGAUGUGAUUGAUUCUGAUUAUCCAGAUAUUUCUCGGCUAGGUGUAUUACAAGGUGCAGGAGAUGAUAAACUCGGUCGUAAAAUAAUUGUUUUCUCCGCUUGUCGUUUACCAGCAGCUGAUCUUGUUGAUCAUCAACGUUUGCUCAUGUAUAUUACUAAAACAUUGGAACAAUAUGUCAGUAUUGAUUAUGUUCUAAUUUACUUCCACUUUGGACUUACAAAUAAAAAUCGACCCAAAUUUAAAUGGCUUGUUCAAGCUUAUAGAACAUUUGGGCGCAAUUUUCGUAAAAAUUUGAAAGCACUCUACAUAGUACAUCCUACUACUGGAAUAAAAAUUUUAUGGGCUCUUUUUAAACCAUUCAUUAGUUCCAAAAUGUCAAAUAAAGUAUUUUAUGCUGAAACAUUAUCUGAAUUAGAAGAAACUUUAUUUGUCGACCAAUUGCCGAUACCGCAACGUGUUUUAAACUAUGAUAAAACAAUAAUCAAAAAUCUACCACCACGAUCUAUACCACAAAUUCAAAAAGACUCUACUUCUCGGGUAUCUGUGCCCUGUAUACCAUCGUUACCGGAUGCUGCUUCAGUAUUCUCCGGUGUCUAUGAAGAACAAUGCAAAGAUGUUACUCCAGAUCCUCAACAACAGUUUAAUGUCAGUUUACAGUUCAUCAAAAUGAAUAAUGGCGGUCGUCCUAUUCCCAUUGUCCUUGAAGAUGCUAUCGAUUAUCUACGAGAUUGUGGUUUAACUACUGAAGGCAUUUUUCGUCGAUCUGUCAGUUUAAAACGAUUACGAGAUGUACAAAAUUUAUACAACAAUGGUGAAACUGUCGAUCUACGAGAUUAUAAUGAUCCUCAUUUAGCGGCUGUUUUAUUGAAAUCAUUUUUACGCGAACUCACUGAACCAUUAUUAACAUUUGAAUUGUACGAUGAAAUAUUAAGUACCAGUGGUCUAGGUGCCAAAGCAAAAGUUAAAUUGGCUAAAGAAUUAAUUCUUAUGAAGUUACCUGAUGAUAAUUAUGAAAUAUUAAAUUUCCUAAUAAGAUUUUUAACAGAGGUCACCACUUAUUCUCAGCAAAAUAAGAUGAAUGCAGCCAAUUUAGCUGUUGUAUUCGGGCCCAGUUUAGUUUGGUCACGAAAUCAAGCUUCAUUGACUGCAAUUGGUGUGAUUAAUGCAUUCACACAAAUAUUAAUUACACAUUAUGAAUCUAUUUUCAUUAAAUAA